UGAUUAGUGAGAGGAUGGCUGCCUUGCAGGCCUCUUGAGCCUGUUGGUGCAAGAGAAGCUGCUCAGUGGUUAAGCAUCUGUUCUAAUCUGCUCCUUCGUUUUCUUCCUAGUGGGAUUAUGUGGAAGAGAUGCUGUGGUUUUCCUCAAACUCUGUUAUAAACUAAUUUCCAUGUUUCAGUGUUGCAUCAUUCUGUGUUGAGCAACAGAGGCUCUGCUGUUCACCGACCCAUGUGACAGUCGUCGGGAGCUCUGCGCGAUGAGCCAGGCUCGGGGCAGGUAUGACUUCUACAUCGGGCUGGUGUUGGCCAUGAGCUCCAGCGUUUUCAUCGGAGGGAGCUUCAUCCUGAAGAAGAAGGGCCUGCUCCGCCUGGCUAGGAAGGGCUCCAUGAGAGCAGGUCAAGGUGGCCAUGCAUAUCUUAAAGAGUGGCUGUGGUGGGCUGGGCUUCUGUCAAUGGGAGCUGGCGAAGUAGCGAACUUUGCUGCCUAUGCUUUUGCACCAGCCACAUUAGUGACUCCUUUAGGAGCUCUCAGUGUUCUUGUAAGUGCCAUUCUGUCAUCCUACUUCCUAAAUGAAAAACUUAAUCUCCAUGGAAAAAUAGGGUGUUUGCUAAGUAUCCUGGGAUCAACUGUGAUGGUGAUUCAUGCUCCUCAAGAGGAAGAAGUAGAAACUUUGAGUGAAAUGUCCCACAAAUUAGGUGAUCCAGGUUUUGUGGUCUUUGCAACGCUAGUUGUCAUUGUGUCUUUAAUUCUCAUAUUUGUGGUGGGACCUCGUCACGGCCAGACCAACAUCCUUGUGUACAUCACCAUUUGCUCCGUCAUCGGAGCAUUGUCGGUCUCCUGCGUCAAAGGUUUGGGCAUCACCAUAAAGGAACUGUUUGCAGGAAAGCCAGUGCUGAAGCACCCCUUGUCGUGGAUUCUGCUGCUAAGCCUUAUUGUCUGCGUGAGCACGCAGAUCAACUAUUUAAACAGGGCCCUGGACAUCUUCAACACGUCCAUAGUGACUCCCAUCUACUACGUGUUCUUUACGACCUCCGUCCUGACGUGCUCCGCUAUCCUCUUCAAGGAGUGGCAGCACAUGGCGGCCGCCGACAUUAUAGGCACCUUCAGUGGCUUUCUCACYAUCAUCGUGGGCAUCUUCUUGCUGCAUGCCUUCAAAGACGUGAGCCUCACCCUGGCGAACCUGCCCGUCUCCCUGCGCAAGGAGGAGAGAGCAGCCAACGGCACUUUGCUGAGCACCUAYGAGUGCUUCAGCCACGACGAGGAGAGCCCCGCGGGCGCAGGGGAGAUGCAGGCGCCCGAGAGCCUGGCGGCCCGCAGGAAUGGGAGCCUCGCGGCCUUCUGAAAGGCUCGGAGUCAAGGAAGGAGCAACUCUCUAACAACUCGGGAUUUGGGGGGUUGGUUUUUUCUUUUCUGCUCUGAAAUGUCUGAGCUCGUCUAGGAACCGAUGUACUUCUUACCAGUUCGUGUAGACAAUCGUUAAUUAAGUUCUGCGUUUCGUUAGUUUGGACCAAGAACACUGCGGGGAUUUUUAAUUUGCCUUAUUUUUACUUUCAGUCUACUGAAAAGGACCUCAGACCACAGGUUCAUUGCUUAAGUUAUGUGUAAAUACUCAUUUCA